UAGAAAAAAGGGAAGCGUCAACUUGAUGCCUCCACCCCACCCUUACAGUAUAUAUUACACUGUUUCAUCAGUCAGAUCUCAUCUUCAUCAUGAUCAUCAUCAUCUCUCUGCUCCUGUUGGGCUCUCUGCUGCCAAACCUGAGCUUCACUGCCAGUGUCAAUGUGCGUAUAGUGAAUGGAACUAAAGCAACACCUCACUCCAGACCUUACAUGGUUUCUGUUCAGAAGUAUGGGAAACAUGAAUGUGGAGGAUUCCUCAUUUCUGAUCAGUUUGUCUUGACUGCUGCACACUGCAGAAAUGACACUGAGAUUCUGACAGUUGUGGCAGGUGCACAUGACUUAUCAAACAGACAGGAAAAAAAUGUCCGCAUUGGUGUGAGUACCUAUAACAUACAUCCACUAUACAAGACCAAUGCGAACGCACCUUUCAUGGCCGACCUGAUGAUUCUGGAGCUUGUUACAAACGUCCAACUAAACAACAACAUCCAGACGAUUCCCAUACCAAAAACACCUGUGGAGAUCAGUGUGGGCACUGCUUGCAGUGUUGCAGGCUGGGGAAGAAUAGAAAAUGACGGUCCUUUAAGUCCAACCCUCAGAGAGGCAAACGUGGAGAUUAUGAAUAACACAGUCUGUGCUGCUCAAUGGGGAUGGGAAUAUGUAGCUCCACAGAUGAUGUGUGUGCAUGACAGUGGAGGAUCGUGUUUCGGGGAUUCAGGAGGUCCUUUGGUUUGUGACAACAUUGCGGUGGGUGUUACAUCCUUCGUACUCAAGAACAGCUGCAACGAUCCUCAUCAGCAUAAUGUUUAUAUGAAAAUUUCUGCAUUUCUUCCAUGGAUCAAGGAAAUAGUAUCACCUAAAUGUGGAGACAAACUGACGGUUGUGGUUGGAGCUCAUGAGCUCAACCGCAAUUCUCCCCUCAUAGCUGUGAAGUUUUACCACAUACAUCCUGGUUAUGACUCUGCAGAGCUGCUAAAUGACAUCAUGAUACUUCAGCGCAACCACCAAAAACAAAAAAAAAAUGUCAAAUUGAUCUCAAUCCCAAAAAAAGACAAGAACAUCAAGGCCAAUACCAAAUGGAGUGUUGCAGGCUGGGGUAAACAGAAGACCAACGGUUCUGUAAGUAAACAACUUAUGGAGGUUGACGUCAAAAUCAUUGACAGCAAAGAAUGUCAGAAGUAUUGGAAAGGAACAACCUCAAGGAUGGUGUGUGCGUUUGGUGAAGGAGGAUUUUGCCAGGGAGAUUCUGGAGGUCCUUUGGUGUGUGACGGCAUUGCAGUCGGUGUCGUUUCAUUCAACGAGAAGAACAACUGCGACAAACCAACAAGGCCAAAAAUCUACACCAGAAUUUCUAAAUUUUUGACCUGGAUAAAUGCUAUACUUGGAGGUGUUAAGCAAGAUUUUGAUUAUUAAAAUUCAUAACAUUUCCUGAA